AUGGAACCGGAGACAAGAGAGGAACCGGAGGCGCGGGACGACCUGGAGGCUGAAGAUGAGCAAGGCUGCACCGUGUAUGGUCUCUACGACCAGGAUUUAACGCACAAGACAAUCCUGGUGGGAGACAGUGGUGUGGGGAAAACAUCCCUGCUGGUGCAGUUUGAUCAGGGAAAGUUCAUCCCAGGCUCUUUCUCUGCUACUGUGGGCAUCGGCUUUACGAAUAAAGUCGUCACUGUCGGAGAGGUGAAAGUUAAAUUACAGAUUUGGGACACAGCAGGACAGGAGAGAUUUCGCAGCGUCACUCAUGCUUACUACAGAGAUGCCCACGCUCUCCUCCUGCUGUAUGACAUCACCAACAAGUCAUCAUUUGACAACAUCAGGGCAUGGCUUACAGAGAUCCAUGAGUAUGCACAGAGUGAUGCAGUGAUCAUGCUGCUAGGCAACAAGGCUGAUAUGAACAGUGGGAGAGUCAUCAAACGGGAGGAUGGAGAGAGACUGGCCAGGGAAUAUGGUGUCGUAUUUAUGGAGACGAGUGCUAAAACUGGUGUCAACGUAGAUUUGGCCUUCAUGACUGCAGCAAAGGAGUUGAUUGGCCGGUGUCUUGAGCUGCCUAAAGAGCCGAAGUUCCAAAUCAAUGAUAUCAUCGAGCAGAAUCCACAGAAAUCAGGCUGCUGUGGCUUCACAUAGGACCUUACGAGACACAGCAACAGAUGAGAGAAGAUAUAGGAACGAGAAGCAUUGAGAAAGAAUAAGGAGAAUGAUCAGCGAUGUUUCAGGCCAAAUGCAGUCCUUAAAACUUAAGUGAAGCCCAUGACGUAAAUCAUAAAUGAAGGAAUGUGAUUGUCCUGAGCAGAUCUAAACCACUCCAGUCCUAGAGAGCAGGUUCAGUUUGGUCAUUUUUGCCUCGCUG